AUGCCGUGCCUGAAUCUGUCGACUAACGUGAGCCUGGAGGGCGUUGACACCUCCUCCAUCCUCUCUGAAGCCACUUCCACUGUAGCCAAACUCAUCGGCAAACCGGAAGCCUAUGUGAUGAUCGUAUUGAAGGGAUCUGUACCAUUAGCCUUUGGCGGAACAGAGCAGCCUGCUGCGUAUGGAGAGUUGGUGUCCAUUGGAGGACUUAACCCUGAUGUCAACAAGAAGCUGAGUGCUGCUAUUGCCAACAUACUUGAAACUAAGUUGUCUGUCCCCAAAUCAAGACUCUACCUCAAAUUCUAUGACACUAAGGGUUCCAACUUUGGGUGGAAUGGAUCGACCUUCUAG